AUGGUUGCCACCGACUUGCCACAGGAGAUUCUUGAUGAUCCUGAACUUUAUGGAUUGAGAAGAUCAAGAAGAGCUCAUACCGGCGCCAGCAAUUACGCCGAGGAAUUAGAUAAUAACGAAGAUGAGUUUUCUUCGCGGAAAAAGAAAAGUAGGAAUAAUGGCGCUAGUCAUAAGAAAAAAAGAAUGAUAUCGGAUGAUGAAGAUGAUGAUAUGGAAGAAGACGAUGAAAUGAUGGAUGAUGUUGAAGAUGAUGAUGAAGAUGAUGAUGAUGAUGAUGAUGAUGAAGAGUUCACUAUUGGAAAAGGCAGAACAUCGAAGACGAAGUUUGGUAAAAAGAAGAAUAAAAAGAAGAUGGUAUCGACGUCUCCUAGCACAACAGAGGUUCGCUUCUCUACUCGUAAUAAUAAUAGAUCUGUCAAUUAUAAUAUCGAAAAUGAUGACGAUGAGUUUUUGGAGUCAGAUGAUGGAGAAGAAGACUACUAUUAUUAUGAUAACUCUACAUACUCUUCGACUACUGCGAUCCCACAAACCACAGAGGGUAUUGAUCAAGUAAUGAACCAUAAGAUCAUUUUGGAUGAUGAUGAUGAAAAAGAAGAAGAGCAGCUAGAAGAAGCAGAAGAAAAAAUGCAGAAGGAAGAUGAAGUGUCCAAUGACAAUAGCAGUGCAACUGAAGAUCAGCUGAGGGAAGAGGAGGAGGCCAAAUUGGCGGCAAAACUUGAACAUCAUAAACGAAAAGUUGCUGAGAAAGAACAUAUGAUUGGCUCGGACAUGAACAAAAUAAAACAAAACUACAAAUUCCUCAUUAAAUGGAAUGAGAAAUCGCAUUUGCACAACACUUGGGAAUACUACGCUGAUGUUGUUGGAAUGAAAGGGAUCAAAAAGAUUGAUAACUACAUCAAACAAUCUAUCAUUCUUCCAUAUGAAAUCACAAAUGAUCCAAUGAUUACCAGAGAAGAACUUGAAUUAAUCAGCAUUGAAAGAGAAAGAAAGCUUGGGGAAAUAAAUGAAUGUAAAACCAUUGAGCGUAUUGUUGACUCGAGAAGAGAAAAUAACCCAGAAACAGGUGAGAAUGAAUUGCAGUAUUUUGUUAAGUGGAAAAGAUUGCAUUAUGAUGAAUGUACAUGGGAAGAUGCUGCUGUAAUUGCAGAAUUAAACCCUCAUCAAGUGACAAAGUUCCAAAACCGUAUGAAAUCAAAGAUUUUGCCUAAUUUGAGUGCUAAUUAUGGUCAUCAACGACCACCAUUUGAAAAACUUGUGACCCAACCAGUGUUUAUUAAGAAUGGUGAGCUUAGAGACUUCCAACUUACAGGAUUAAAUUGGAUGGCAUUCUUGUGGUCCAGAAACGAAAAUGGGAUCUUAGCGGAUGAAAUGGGUCUUGGUAAAACUGUUCAAACUGUUAGUUUCCUAUCUUGGCUAAUUUAUGCUAGAAGACAGAACGGACCACAUUUAGUAGUGGUGCCUUUAUCUACUAUGCCUGCUUGGCAAGAAACAUUUGAUAAAUGGGCACCUGAUGUUAAUGUUGUGUAUUAUAUGGGUAACACCAAAGCUAGAAAGGUUAUUAGAGAAAACGAAUGGUAUCAAGGCAACAACAAAAAGAAACCAAAGUUCAAUGUAUUAUUAACCACUUAUGAAUACGUUUUGAAAGAUAGAAAUGAUCUUGCUAAUUUAAAAUGGCAAUUUUUGGCAGUAGAUGAAGCCCAUCGUUUGAAAAAUGCUGAAAGUUCUUUAUACGAGGCCUUGAAAUCUUUGAAGGUCAAUAACAGAUUGUUGAUCACUGGUACACCUUUGCAGAACAAUAUUAAAGAAUUGGCCGCCUUAGUCAACUUUUUAAUGCCAGGAAAAUUCACAAUUGACCAAGAAAUUGAUUUUGAUUCCCCAGAUGACCAACAAGAAGAGUAUAUCAGAGAAUUGCACAAAAGGCUUCAACCAUUUAUUUUGAGAAGAUUGAAGAAAGAUGUGGAGAAAUCUUUGCCCUCAAAAACCGAAAGAAUUUUGAGAGUGGAGUUAUCAGACAUGCAGACGCAAUACUACAAAAACAUCUUAACAAAGAAUUAUGCUGCCUUAAAUGCUGGCUCUAAAGGAGUUCAGAUCUCAUUGUUAAAUAUUAUGUCUGAGUUGAAAAAGGCCUCUAAUCACCCUUAUUUGUUUGAUAAUGCAGAGGAGCAGGUUUUGACAAAGGCCGGCUCGUCUUCUAGGGAAAACAUUUUGAAAGGUUUAAUCAUGUCCAGUGGUAAAAUGGUACUAUUGGAUAAAUUGUUGACAAGGUUAAAGAAAGAUGGCCAUCGUGUACUUAUAUUUUCUCAAAUGGUGAGAAUUUUGGAUAUAUUAGGAGAUUACUUAUCUAUCAAGGGCUACAACUUCCAAAGAUUAGAUGGUACGGUUCCAUCAUUCCAACGUCGAAUCUCUAUUGAUCAUUAUAACGCCAAGGGCUCUAAAGACUUUGUUUUUUUGUUAUCUACGAGAGCCGGUGGAUUGGGUAUUAAUUUGAUGACUGCUGACACUGUGAUUAUCUUUGACUCUGAUUGGAAUCCUCAGGCGGAUUUGCAAGCGAUGGCUAGAGCCCACCGUAUUGGUCAGAAAAACCAUGUUAUGGUGUACCGUUUUGUUAGCAAAGAUACUGUUGAAGAACAGGUUUUGGAAAGGGCGAGAAAAAAGAUGAUUUUAGAAUACGCAAUUAUUUCAUUGGGGGUUACUGACAACAGUUCCACUGGGAAGGUCAAGACUGAACCUACUACAAGUGAAUUAUCAGAGAUUUUAAAAUUCGGGGCUGGUAAUAUGUUCAAGGCCAAUGAAAAUCAAAAGAAGUUGGAAGAUUUGAAUUUAGAUGAUGUUUUAGAACAUGCGGAAGACCAUAUCACCACACCAGACUUGGGUGAAUCAAAUUUGGGAGGUGAAGAGUUUUUGAAGCAAUUUGAAGUCACCGACUAUAAAGCAGAUGUUGAUUGGGAUGAUAUCAUUCCUGAAGAAGAGUUGCAGAAAUUGAAGGAAGAUGAAAAGAAGAGACAAGAUGAAGAAAUGAUGAGAGAGCAGAUGCAGUUGUUUGCAAGAAGGGAACAAGCUUUGAAGAAUAUGAAGAACAUGUAUGAUGAUGGCACUAAUGAUGAUGAGGAUGAAUCUGCCAGAAAAUCCCGAUUGAAGAAGCGGAAAUUGAACGACAACAUCAUUACCGAAAAAGAAGUGAGAAAUAUUUACAGAGCCAUUUUGCGGAUGGGUGAUAUCAAUUUGUUCUGGGAUCAAUUGAUUGAGGAUGGUAGUUUGAGCAAUAAAUCGCCAGAGUUAUUAAAAGAAACGUACAAGCAGUUGGUUGGUAAGUCUAAGGAAUUGGUCAAACAAGAAGAGGAGCGUCGUUCUAAAGCUCUCAAAGAAUUAGAAGAAGCUGCCAAUAAACAACGCGAAAAUGAAUCCAAGGGCGUGAAAAAGGAAGAAGGUGAAAAAGAUGCCAUUGCUCUUUGGAAAUUGAAACGUAAGGAACAUAAAGCAGUUUUGUUUGAUUUCCAUGGUGCCAAAAACUUAAAUGCUGAACUAAUUUUAAACCGUCCUAGUGAUAUGAAGUUGAUCAGAGACACCAUUGGCAAGACUCCGGUGAGUGAGUUCAGGCUUGGUAAAAAAUCUAAAACAGUACAUGGAUGGAACUGUGAAUGGAACCAAAAAGAUGAUGAGAUGUUAUUGUAUGGUUUGAGCAAAUUUGGAUAUGGUUCUUGGAUUCAGAUAAGAGAUGAUCCAUUAUUAGGAUUGGGCAACAAGAUGUUCUUGAACAAUGAAACGAUGAAAAAGGAAACAGCAAAUUCUAAGGGAGAAACACAAGUUAAGGAAAUUAAGAAGGUCCCAAACUCUGUUCAUCUUAGUAGAAGAGCCGAUUACUUGAUUGUAUUAUUGCGUGGUGAUGAUGGCGAUGACAACGAAAGCACUCCGGCUCCAAAGAAAGCUCUAAAGAAAGCAAAGAAGUCUGCCACGCCUGAUGUGAAACCUGGAAGUGCAGAACCCAAAAAUAGUAGGGGCACUAGCGCUAGCAACUCCAAUAGUUCUAGCUCAAAGAAAAUCGAGAUCAAGAAAUUACCAAAAGAAGAGCCUGAAUAUUCUGAGUAUGAGAGUAUGGAUGAUAAUGUUUGCAAGGAGAGGUUGUACCCUGUUAAAAGAUCCUUGAAAAGAUUAAGUAAAGGUGCUGCAAGCUUGCCUCGUAAAGAAUGGGCCACAAUCCUUAAAAAGGAAUUAUUGGCAGUGGGAGACAAAAUUGAAGAAGAGGUUUCUCAUGAGAAGGUCGAAGCAAGAGAGCAAGUUAGAAAACAUUUGUGGGUUUUCACCAGUUACUUCUGGCCAAUAAGAGUCUCGAGUAAAAGGAUUGCAGCUAUGUAUAAAAAAGUUCGUCAACUGACCCAAUCGUAG